AACAAAGUUGUGUUUUCCAAGUCAGCGAAUCCAGAUCCCAGUAGUAUUGGCAGCAGGGACUGACCAUGGGGAAGCUGCUGUGGUGUUUCCUGUUCUCCAUCAGCAUCUGUAAUGCUUUUGGCAAGAAAGAAGAUAUGAUGGGAAAGGCUUUUGUAUUUCCCAAAGAGUCGGCUAAUUCCUAUGUAUCCCUGAAAGCACAGUCGAGUAAGCUGCUGGAUGCCUUCACCCUGUGUCUCUAUGUCCACACGGAGCUAAGCACCACCCGAAGCUUUAGCAUUUUCUCUUAUGCUACCAAGAACGACUCUAAUGACAUCCUCAUAUUUUGGUCUAAGGAUAGAGGGUAUGUUUUUGGAGUGGGUGGGCCUGAAAUACUGUUUGCGGCUUCUGAAAUUCCUGAGGCUCCAACACACAUCUGUGCCAGCUGGGAGUCUGCCACAGGGAUUAUUGAGCUUUGGGUGAAUGGGAAGCCCAGGGUGAGGCACAGUCUGCAGAAGGGUUACUCUGUGGGGACAGAGGCAAGCAUCGUCCUGGGACAGGAGCAGGAUUCGUAUGGUGGCAGCUUUGAUAUAAAGCAGUCCUUCGUGGGAGACAUUGGUGAUGUGAACAUGUGGGACUUCGUGUUAUCGCCAGAACAGGUCAACUCGGUCUAUGUUGGUGCAACAUUCAGUUCUAAUGUCCUGAACUGGCAGGAGCUGAGCUAUGAGGCCCAUGGGGAAGUAUUCACCAAGCCUCGGCUGUGGUUCUGACUUCCUGUCAAGGGUUCCCGAUGACUCCUGGGGCUUCACCCAGGCCCUCGUCCCUGGCUGUGGGUCCUCUUACUCCCACCGAAGGAGCAGGUACAGUGUUUUCUUCACCCUGCCUUCCUUAGGGCCGGAGCAUGAGUCUGAGCGCAUGGCUUGGAAGUUACACUGGAGAGCUUAUCCAGAAGAAUCAGGCUGGCAGAUGUUUUUGUUUGCAUAUUAUUUUUUAAUUGAAAGAAUUUUAGAGAUAAUCCCUUACCCUGGCGCAGAAAAGAGGAGUUUUUAAUUUUUAAAUGUCACAAGGCAAUUUACAUCUUGGUGAUGGGAAAUGUGUGCUAAUUUUCUAGCUCAUUCCUUACUCAGCACCUUCCAGAAGGUAGGAGGGGCUUACGUUCACACUCUUAUCUCAGAAUUAGACCAUUGCAAGAGUUCAGAAUGCUCAUCACUAAACAAGGGACCCAGUUCUUCUGGAAUGGAAAACCUAGCAUCCCCCCCCCCCCAGAAUGUAUUUCUUCUACUUUCCCAAAGUACUAUGGGAAGGCAGUCAAAAUUCCUGGCCAUUUCCUUGGCUAAAUGAGCUAUAUAGGUAUAGAUAUUUUAGCUGCUACUGUUAAGGCCUUCUAUAACAAUGGUUUUAUUUGCUCACAGUGCUUUCUCAAUGUUAAGUUUUUUCCCCUCACUCCAUAUGUGGGGCUAUGAGUUCUUCCUCUGCCCUCAUAAUGCUAACAUCUUCAGGCCUUAAGAAUGUGUAUAGAGGGCUGGAGAGACUGCUCAGUGGUUAAAGGUGCUUGCCUACAAAGCCUGAUGGCCUGGGUUUGAUUCCCCAGUACCCACGUACA